GCGCAACCCGCACCCGGCGCAGCGGCGAAAUCCAGAGCGAGCUCAGCCUCGUCCCCGCAGCCUCGUCCCCGCAGCCCGCAGCCUCGUUCCCCCCUCCCGCCGCCGCCGCCGCCGCCGCCGCCGCCCCCGGGGCAUGGCCUGUCUGAUGGCCGCUUUUUCGGUCGGCACCGCCAUGAAUGCCAGCAGUUACUCUGCAGCAAUGACGGAGCCCAAAUCGGUGUGUGUCUCGGUGGACGAGGUGGUCUCCAGCAGCAUGGAUGCUGCGGAGACAGACCUGCUGAACGGACACUUGAAAAAAGUGGACAACAACCUCACAGAGGCCCAGCGCUUCUCCUCCCUGCCUCGGAGGGCCGCUGUGAACAUUGAAUUCAAGGACCUCUCCUACUCAGUUCCAGAAGGACCCUGGUGGAGGAAGAAAGGAUACAAGACCCUUCUGAAGGGGAUUUCUGGGAAGUUCAACAGUGGCGAGCUGGUGGCCAUCAUGGGACCUUCUGGGGCUGGGAAAUCCACGCUCAUGAAUAUCCUGGCGGGAUACAGGGAGACGGGCAUGAAAGGGGCAGUCCUCAUCAACGGCAUGCCACGGGACCUGCGCUGCUUCCGGAAGGUGUCCUGCUACAUCAUGCAGGACGACAUGUUGCUGCCACACCUCACCGUGCAGGAGGCCAUGAUGGUGUCGGCACAUCUGAAGCUUCAGGAGAAGGAUGAAGGCAGAAGGGAGAUGGUCAAGGAAAUACUGACAGCGCUGGGUCUGUUGUCCUGUGCCAACACGCGGACAGGGAGCCUGUCGGGUGGCCAGCGGAAGCGCCUAGCCAUUGCACUGGAGCUGGUGAACAACCCUCCUGUCAUGUUCUUCGACGAGCCCACCAGCGGCCUGGACAGUGCCUCCUGCUUCCAGGUGGUCUCUCUGAUGAAGGGGCUCGCUCAAGGAGGCCGGUCCAUCAUCUGCACCAUCCACCAGCCCAGCGCCAAGCUCUUUGAGCUGUUUGAUCAGCUGUAUGUCCUAAGUCAAGGACAAUGUGUGUACCGGGGGAAAGUCUCAAAUCUUGUACCGUAUUUGAGAGAUUUGGGCCUGAACUGCCCAACCUACCAUAACCCAGCAGAUUUUGUAAUGGAGGUCGCAUCUGGCGAGUAUGGGGAUCAGAACGGUCGCCUGGUGAGAGCAGUCCGGGAGGGCAUGUGUGACUCCGACCACAAGAGAGACCUCGGGGGUGAUGCCGAGGUGACCCCUUUUCUUUGGCACCGGCCCUCUGAAGAGGUAAAGCAGGCAAAACGCUUGAAGGGGUUGAGAAAGGAUUCUACCUCCAUGGAAGGCUGUCACAGCUUCUCUGCCAGCUGCCUAACACAGUUCUGCAUCCUCUUCAAGAGGACCUUCCUCAGCAUCAUGAGGGAUUCAGUCCUGACGCACUUGCGGAUCACCUCACACAUUGGGAUCGGCCUCCUCAUUGGCCUGCUCUACCUGGGGAUCGGGAACGAAGCCAAGAAGGUCUUGAGCAACUCCGGCUUCCUCUUCUUCUCCAUGCUGUUCCUCAUGUUCGCCGCCCUCAUGCCCACUGUUCUCACAUUUCCCCUGGAGAUGGGUGUAUUUCUACGGGAACACCUGAAUUACUGGUACAGCCUGAAGGCCUACUACCUUGCCAAGACCAUGGCCGACGUCCCUUUUCAGAUCAUGUUCCCAGUGGCCUACUGCAGCAUCGUGUACUGGAUGACAUCACAGCCAUCUGACGCCGUGCGAUUCGUCCUGUUUGCUGCUCUGGGCACCAUGACCUCCCUGGUGGCUCAGUCCCUGGGCCUGCUGAUUGGAGCCGCCUCCACAUCCCUGCAGGUGGCGACAUUCGUGGGGCCUGUGACAGCCAUCCCUGUCCUCCUCUUCUCCGGCUUCUUCGUCAGCUUUGACACCAUCCCGACGUACCUGCAGUGGAUGUCUUACAUCUCCUACGUCAGGUAUGGGUUUGAAGGGGUCAUCCUCUCCAUCUACGGCUUAGACAGAGAAGAUCUGCACUGCGACAUUGACGAGACAUGCCAUUUCCAGAAGUCUGAGGCCAUCCUGCGAGAGCUGGAUGUGGAAAACGCCAAGCUGUACUUGGACUUCAUUGUGCUCGGGAUCUUCUUCAUCUCCCUACGACUCAUUGCCUAUUUUGUCCUGAGGUACAAAAUCCGGGCAGAAAGGUAAAACACCGAAUGCCAGAAGAGAGGAACAUGAGACAUUGUGGCCAAGGGCACGUCUAGAGUCACAGAGGCAAGCCUGUGCCUGAUGACACAGAGACUCUUCUGCCCCAACCCCUGGAAACCGCAUUUGGUUUAUGGGUGUCUAGCGUUCAAUGGCUCCGCCCCACUCGGCUGGGUCUUCUCUCCAUUACCCUUUCUAGCUUUAACUAGGAAGAUGUAGAAGGUUUUUUGUUUGUUUUUUAACAUUCAGAAUUCAAAAUACCACAACUGGGGCAGAAUUUGAACCUGCAACACAGUUGGUGACAAGAGGCUUCCCAGGAAAAUUCUUCCUUAUGACAUGGCACCCUUGGGUCCUGAAUGGGGUACUGCAGGCAGCUUCGCAGUUGAUCACUGUGCGAUCAGAUGUCUGGGAGGGGGUGAGGGCCCAAACGCGGAGUUGUUCCAUUUGAUGACUGUUGUUUUCAUAGUCCCAUCUUUCUAAGGUUUGACUCUUUUCCAGUGAGAAGUCAUUUUCCAAGCCAAAAGUCGAUCAAUUUCAUUCAUUUUUAACAAAUUGUACUUUUUUUAGUACUUGUUGAAGAAUUAUUCAGGGUAAAUAAUAUACUUUUGUUUAGAGGUUUGAGGGGUGGAACUGUAAUCACCAAGCUGGUCUCAUAUACAGACAGAAUGUGUGAAAGGUCCAGUGCAGGUUCCAGGUUAAGGGGGGGACUUUGACACCAUCUGCACUGAGCCAUGAAGACAUUUUUAAAAGCAUUACCAAAAGUUAUAAGAUGAAAUUGGCUAACUCUUUCAUAAUAUUUUAUUUUCCACGGGCUUCUUAUUUUCAGCAAAAUAUGUUGUUUCCUUCUCCCUGGCCACCUUAAUUUUGCCUAAAAAAUUUCUAGAAGAUCAAUCCUAUUGAUUUUUUAAAAACUUGUUUCCCCUUUAUUCUAUAUCACAUUAACUACCUCCACCAAACCUGGAAAAGCUGGGCUUAGGGAACUUUCAGGUGCGACCCUUGAGGGUUGGGUUUGUAGGGAUCACCAGUCCGUGAAGAGUGAGCCACCCACACUGGGUGGGGGGAAGAUGCCAGCAAGAUGGCAUCGGAAUCCAAGAGCUUUGUGUGAAAUCAGCGAAGACCAUGGUGCACAGAGGCACUUGUAACUUAACCAGACAAUGCAUUUAGAGUUGUGGGUGAUUCCAUCCCCCAGGUGUGAUUUCUGUGACCUGUCUGCUACACCACUGUCCCCGUGUUGGGCUUGUGUUGACGUGGGCAGGAACAGGAGGCAAAUCUGCAGAUCAAGCAGCCUUUGAAUUCACAACAAGGCUGUCAGCUCCCUGUCAGCUCUUGGAGGCAGUUUGACCAUAAGGGUGGAAGGUGGUUGUGGCCAAAGCAGUCCAUCUUCAGGAAAAUGCAGUUGCUUUCUUCUUCUAGAGUAUCAUUAUCAUGGAAUCAGGGUCUCCAUGAAAGAUUGUGUUUUGGUGAGCAAAUCAGUGAACUUUCCUAAGCUACAGUUUCCUCAUCUAUAAAUAGCUGUGCUACGUCAUGUUCAAGGCUAUUUACAGUUCAGAGGUUGAGAGAUUCCUUGGUUGUAUCUGUCCAUGAAGCUCUUUUUUCCUACUUUAAGAGAAUGAAAGGGUCUGAAUUUUAUUUACACAUGGAUUUAGUUUGCAAAUGCUUAGACAUUCCUGUUUCACGCCUAGAUCAUUUUUUAGUUAACACUGUUGAGAUAUAUAUUAAAAUGUUAAGUUUGCUUGUUCUGUUCAAAUAUGGCAUUGCCUUCCAGAUUAAGUUUUUAACCAGAGUCAAACUUAGCCUUUAUAAAAAGUCUUCAUUUAAUUUUAAAAUAGGUCUGCCUAUAAGACAUCCCACAUAGGAAAGACCUAUGUAAGAACGGCCUGGUAAAAUACACAAUUGCAAAGAGGAAAAAAAUCCUGUGAUCACAUCAGAGGAGGUCAGCACCGAAUGAAACCUUGCCCCCUGGGUUAGCCUUUCCUGUUAUGGAUUAAUGUGGUAGUUUCAUGUCCGUAACAGGGACGUGCCUUUCAGGAACAGCACUGUGUAGGGCCGACUACUCUACACCACAGGCUUCAUGUGGUUCACUGAGACCACGUUGUCAUCUCUCAGCAAUUUCAGAAGGGAACACUGAGAUUCCUCUAGAUUUAAAAUCUGGUUUCUGAGAGCACCUGAGCCCUCAGAAGGAGUUAUCUCCCAAGGAGUUCCUGCUCCCUGGAUUUCCAUUUUCCCCUGUUGACAGAUUCUAUUUAUCCCUAAAUAGAUGAGGAACUGAUUGGAGUCCUUCCAAGGGAACGAUCUUGGGGACUGGGAGGGUGGUUAGGCUGAUAGAAGGGAAUGUAUUUACAAGAUCUCACUGAGUCAUUUUUUCAAAGGAUGUUAACUAGAAUGGGUGAGUAAUCUGAAGGGAUAGUUCUGCUUACCCUGUAACUAGAGUAAGGCCUCCAGCUGUGGCAGUGAGGAUGCACCAGCCCCGGGACAUGCCUGCACUCCUCUUCAAGAAGCAGCAGUGCCCUGGUUUGAGCACUCAUGUUCUAACCUGGGCAACAUUCACGUCACUCAAAUGCUGGUGUUUGGAUUUUUAGCUCAUUUUCCUCUGCUUUUUGUUGUAGGAUAGUUUCAUAAAAUACCUUACGCCAGUAACCUAAGGUAACACCCAGACAACACACUGAUUCACUUUCCUAAAGAGUGUGUGUGAUGAUGUGCUCUCUUUCACACACUGGAGUUUCAACCCAGACCCACUCCCCAAAUCUGAUAUAAGUCAUCUGUGAAUGCAGUGUCCCAAAUACUCCUUUCAUCUCGGAUUGAAUUUCUUCAUUUAGUAGACAGGAUUGAAUCUUGGGUAAAGAAAAUGUGUCCUCCCCAGUUGUUAGUAGAGGUGGAAGUCCAAAGGGUGUCACCUUUAAGUGAAAUUUUUAGGAGAAGAGGGUCACACCAUUGACCCUAAUAGGGAGCUCCGGGGGCCUUGCCAGCCCACCCUGCUCGUAGCCUCUUGCCUUUGUUCACUUUCAGAGCAUCUCAUGCCUCCCUUUUUUCUUCUCUGACUGAAUUUCAGAUAGAGAAUUAAAUUCUUCAAAAGUUCCCGUGUAGGUGAAGUGGGAAGCUGUCCCCAGGAAGAGAGAUAACUGUGUCAAUAUUUACACAGUUCCUGCUAGGGUCUAGUGACAUCACCUGUGGGGAGUCACCUUCAGGUCCUAGAAAAUGACAUCAAGCAUUUAGGAGAAAAUUCAUCUUAGAAACCCACAAAAGGCCGUUUUCGCUGCCUGAGGGCAGGAACAGACCACAGCCAUAAGGCAGAAAUCACCCUCGGUCGCUGCACUGAGAAGCAACGCACCUACUCCGGUGUACUGAGCCUCUUUCCUUGUCGAAUGUUCCAGGCGCUGCCUGAAUGCCUUAGGAAUAUCUCUCUGUUCAUGUACUCACCCAUCAGACCUUUGCUGACCCAUCCCCCAUGCCUGUUGAUAUCCUGGGCACUGGGAAUCUAGGGAAGGGGACUCAAAUGAGGCUCACCCUCCAGCAUGGCAGGAGGGGACCACGUGCCGCUGGCUUCUCUCCAUUCCUUGUGCAGAUGUGGUGUGCUGGGCUGGGAGAGACUUCGCAUUGGCUCCAGUCCCAGAGUUGGGAGAGAGUAGGGUAGGAUUAUAGCCCAGGUCUAACCCCAGAGUCCCUAUUUUUUUUGUUUGUUUGUUUUUUGCUUUGCCGUGCUGCCUCCAGUUCACAAGGUACGGAUGUACCUGAAGCGACUUUGUAAGACAUCAAGUGCAAUACUAGUUUAGUGGCUACAUGUUCCGUUAUUCGUUCUGGCACCAAACAGAUGGCAGAGAUGAAAGGGUGGCUGCUCCCCAGGCCCCAGUGGCCUUACAUCUGAGUGUUCGUGAGGAGUGCCGCUAGCUGGCCUGGAGGCUGCUUUACUUCUUGUCUCAGUGGAGAGGGGCUGUGCUCUGCCCUUGCCUGGCCCAUGCCUGUGGAUUAACUUGGGCUUCAGAGGGGCUGGUGUGUGUGUGUGUGUGUGUGUGUGUGUGUGUACAUAUAUACUGCACCUAUAUACACACAUGUGCACACUUGCCCACACACACCCAUGCACGUGGGCAGACUUGCUCCAGGUGUGUGUCUGAUAGUAUUGUUCUGUGGUAUUUCCUUCAUCUCUGUAGAAUACCAGCCUCUAAAUCCUCAAUUGUCCUUUACUCUAAAAAAGGAAAGAAAAAUUCUCUCAUUUCCUGCCUGGUGCAGACAGUCAGAGGGUAGUCAAAACCCACGAAGGCUACUGUCAAGUGCCAGCUGACUGAAAGUGCAACAAAAAGUCAAAGAAAGCAACCCAGCCAGGUGGGGGGUGGGGGUGCAGAAUGUAUGAAUAUAAAGUUAGAUACUUUUAAGAAAUAAAGACUGCUAAUAAAAUAUUUUAUAUAAAACUUC